AUGGCUGGCGCGCGAUCUCGUCCCGCGGAUCUAUCGGCGAAUGCGGUUCCGGGUCGCAGUGCAAGAGAAGGCGCAGGCUCAAGGGGGUUGCAGUAUGCGGCGGAGAAGGAGCAUGAAGAUGAGGAGGAGGAGGACGAGGAGGAGGACGAAGACGCAGAGGGGGAAGACGAGGAGGGGGACGGGGAGGGGGAGGCGGACGGUGAGGAGGACGAGGAUGAGGAUAUGGUGGAGGGGGAGGCAGAUGGGGGGGACGAGGAUGAGGGGGGAGAGGAUGAGGAGGUGGGAGGGGACGGAGGUGAAGGCGAGGAGGAGGAGGAGGUGGAGGGGGACGAGGUCGAGGAGGAAGAGGAGGAGAGGGAGGAGGCGGGUGCGGAGGGACGAGGAGGCGAGCACGAAGAACAAGAAAUUGAAGACGAAGCGGACGACGAGGAAGGCGAAGAGCCGGAGGAGGAGGAGGUCGAGGAGGAAGUGGAGGAGGAAGAAGAAGAGGAGGACGUGGAUGAGGAGGGGGUCGAAGCGCACCCGGCGCACGGCAAGAAGCUGCUGGUCGCGGGCGUGGCGCGGCGCGGCAACAAGCUCGUGAUCUCCCGUCCGGGCAUCACCAGAGAGGCGGAUCGGCGGGAAGGGGACGCGCAAGGGGCUGGUAUGGCGGUCGAAGGGAGAGAGAGCGGGAGGUCUGGGGAGUAUGGUAGCGGGGAAGAGUCGGGGGAUGGGUCAAGCGGUGACGAGUUGGCGGAAGAGUUGGCGGAAGAGGAGGACGAGACAGAUCUGGGCGGCGGACUGGGCGCGGUCGCCGUUGGGCGCGCGGUUGGUGGCAGGGCGGACGAGCAGGAGGGGGGACUUGAUGGGGAGGAGGAAGACGAAGAGGAGGAGGAAGAAGAGGAGGAGGAAGAGGAAGAAGAGGAGGACGAGGAGGAGGAAGAAGAGGAGGAGGAGCUAGAGGGUGACGACUCGGAAGAGGAGGAACAGGAGCAAGAGGACGGCGAGGCGGAGGAGAUCGACGCAGAACAAGAGGGCGAUGUACAAGGGGAGGAGGAGGGGGAGGAGGAGGAGGAGGAGGCGGAAGAGGAGGAGGAGGAUGAGGAGGAGGAGGGGGAGGGGGAGAAGGAAACGGAAGAGGGGGAUGAGGAGGAGGAGGAAGAGGAGGAGGAAGAGGAGGAGGAGGUGCAAGAGGGCGUGCCAUCGCCGUUGAAGGCGGCAGAGCUGGAGCACAUGCCGCUCAAGGAGUUACGGGUCACAACUGUACACGAGCCGGCUGGGCGAAGUGACGACGAGCAACAACAGCACAUGGCUGCGAAGGAAGCUGCUCGGCAUGUGCGGUCGUCUCCCCCAGCGCCAUCACCGCAGCUGUCAUCGCGCGCCCACAGCAAGCGGUCGUCCCUGCCUCCAAAGAAGUUCCGCUCAGAUGUCAUCAUGCUGCCGCUCUCCCAGUCGCCCACCGCCUCUCCCUCCCCCGCUGCGCACCGCAAACUGCUCCUCCUCCCGCCCCGCCCCCCCACUUCUAAUGAUGGGGACGGUGCUUCGGCUGCCGAGCCUGGGCAGCAGGGCCGGCAGCUUCCGUCCGCGCCGCAGGGGUCGAAGCGGAGGCGCGGGGUAAGGCUGGCAGGGGGCGGGAGCAGAGCGCAUGGAGGAAGGGGGAAAGGGAGGCCGGAUGGAGAGGAGGAAGCGAGGGGCAGAGAGAGGAGGGGAGAUGGGGAGGCGGAGGGGGAGGAAGAGGCUUUGCUGAUCCCAUCGGAAGUGCCUGCAGCAGCGUACAGGCAUGGGAUGCUUGUGUGGGUGAAGCUGCAGCCGGGACUGCCUUGGUGGCCGGGCCUGGUCCGCAAAGUGCAUGCUCAGGCGCAUGAAGAUGAGGGGGAGGAGGGGAGAAAGGCGGCUGGUGAAGGGGACUCACACGAGGGGUUGCUGACGGUGGUGCUUGUGGGGGAAAAGGGCGAAGGGUGCGACGGUGAUGGUGGUAGCGCGGAGGAGGAUGAGGUGGAGGAGAAGAUUGAAGGUCUUAAGAAACGGGAUGGUGAGAGGGCGAAAGUGAAGGAAGAGCGGGAGGAAGGGAAGGGAGAGCAGACUGGCAUAGAGGCGGCAGCGGCGGCAGGAGAAGAAGGCAUAGCAACGUUACAGGGGCGCAUUGGCAAGAGGGCUACCAUUGCAAGCGUUCUUGUCCUUCCCUUCGCACCUGUUCGCACUCAGCUAGGGCGGCAGCGCAUGCCAUGUGUGCCUGGCCUGCGGUCUCUCUUCCGUGCAGCCCUCGCAUGGGCGGACGCGCACGCACAGCAGCACCCCGACACAGACGGAACGAGCCUGGCGGCGCUGGUGGGAGCGCCAGGGCCGGCGCACAGGAGUGGCGGUGCAAGUCUGGGGGAGGAGGAGGUGGUGCUGCCGGUGAAAGGGGCACACGGGGCAAUGUGGCGGGCGAGGAGACGCGAUGGGAAAGGGGAGUACACAGAGUGUUUCAAGUGCAAUGCACCGCUCUGCACCGCAUCACCGUCCGCUGCUGCAGACACGAAAUCUGUGAAGCGCGAGAGCAGGGAGGGAGGCGGUGGUGGUGGUGCUGAUGGUGACAACUCUUCCCUACGCUGUGUGUGGUGCCCUCGUGUGUACCACACUGGCUGUGCUGAUGCGCCCAGUGAGAAAGCGAGGCCUGAAUGGCAGUGCAACAAGUGUAGGGCAGCGGCGGCGGAGAGGCAAGCACGAGCUGCUGUUGCUGCGGCUGGUAAGGGUGCUGUGGAGCGGGAGGACGGGAAGCGGGAAGGGAGAGAGAGGGAGGCGCAUGACAGGGAGAAGGGGAGGGAGUGGGGAAGGCAGGAGCGGAGGGAGCGGGGGGAUGAGGAGAGAGGGAGCGAGCAGGGUGUGCGAGGGAGUAAGAGGGGUUGGCAGCAGCAGCAGCUGCACGGGCAUCCGCUGUCCAAUCCGAGAACGUUCAAGCGUCGCAGGGUGAGCGACCUUCCACACCCCACCUCCUCUCCCCCGCCCUCCUCCCUCGCGGCUGCCCGUCGGGCCGGUGCAGGCCCCGGGCAGGCAGAUCCGAACAGACAGACAUUCCUGGGGAGCACGAGGGAGAGGCGGAAAGCCCCCCGCAUGAGUUGGUCCAGUCUGGCGGAGUCUGAUGAUAGUGACCAGGAGGAGAGGCCGGGUGGGGGGAAAGCGGAGGAGGCGGAGCAGCAGGAGGAGGAGGAGGAGGACGAGGAGUGUGUGCGGUUGGAUGAAGAUGAUGGGGGUGGAGAGGAGGACGAGGAGGGAGCAGAGGUAGUGGUGGCUUCAGAUGACAGUGCAGAGGACGGAGGUGCUGUGUGGGGGCGGUCAGGGCUUGAUUUGGAAGUUUCGAGGGACAAGGCGGGGAGGAAGGGGGCCGUGGGUGGGGGGAAGGCGGCUGGUGGAGGGCAGAAGGUGUCAGGGGGAGGCAGGAUGGCGGCGGUGGGCGGUGGGCGGAUGGAGAGGCGGAUUGAGAGCUUGGUGGGGGGGCUGGCGGAUGGGGGGAAGGGCCGGGUUGAUGCGGCGGAGGAUGAGGAGGCGUCGUGGGUGUGUACCCUCCUCACCCUUUCUUUUCCGGCUCCCCUCCGCUUGCCAUGCUUCUGCCUGUUCUUCUCCCUUUUCCCCUCAUCCUUCUUUGUUCCCCUCACAACCCCUUUCCAUCCGUAUCUGCGUAGUGGUUUCGUUGCAUCAGCCAAGCGGUUCUUUUCCAUCUCUAUCCCUCACUUCACGUGCCGUCACUCCUCUCUCAUCUUCUCAACUACCCUCUUCCCCCCCCCCUUUCCACCCGUCUCCGUUCUCAUCCUCCACUCUUCCCCGUUCCCGUUUGACCAGAAAGCACCCAAGGGAUCAUGGAUCUGCCCAGUGUGUACAGAGGCCUCCACUCUUGAGAUCGAGCGCAUAUUCGGGUGCAGGAUUCGGGGCAAGCAGGAGGCUGGCGCUGUCAAGAAGGCGGGGGAGGUAGAGGGGAGCGACGAGGAGGGCAAGGGAUUGGGGAAAGAGGAGAAACGGCGCCUCCUUACUGGUGCUGCGGAGGAUGUAGGGGCGACGGACAUGGAGGAGCAGGAGGAAAGGGAGGAGGUGGAUGUGGUGACGGUUGGUGACGCUGAUGAAGAUGCUGGUGCUGGUGCUGAUGGGCAUGCGGCGGAGAUUGCACGGGUGAGAGCUAAGGCAGCAGCGAGUGGGAGUGCUGUAACUGAUGGAGAUGCCACUGCUGAGCCUGAUUCUGGUUUGGCAGGGCGGGAUCUGAAGAAAGCAGGGAAAGAAGAGGGGGGGAAGGAGGAUGGAGGAGCAGCAGGUGACGGGGGAGAGGGGACGAGUGCACGGACGAGAGGCAAUGCGGGGAGGGGGUUGAAGGGGGAGACAGGGGCCAGUGGUGCUCGUGCCACGUGGAUGGAUGGUCGUGGGGAGAGCCAUGGGAAGGAUGAGAGGGAGCAAGGGAAGGAGAAGGCGGAGAAGGAGGAGGAGAAGGUGGGGAAGGAGAAGGGUGAGAAGGACAUGAGUGAUGAGAAAGUAAAGGUGGCUGGUGGGAAAGAAGGAGGCAAGGCGGGGAGUGGGGCUGAGGAGGGAGGGGAGGGGGAGAGAAAGGCAAAGGAAACAGAUGGCAAAGAGAAGAAGGAUGAGAAGGGAGGCAAGGAGUUGGCGAAGGCAGGAGAGACAAGCAGCAAGGACGGCGAGAAGGCUUCUGGCAAAGGCAAAGACGGGGACCAGAAGCAGCAGAAGAGCGGCGAGAAGGAGAAGGGGAAGGAGAAGGAGGGGGAAGAGGACGAGGAGGAAGAGGAGGAGGAGGAGGAGGCUGUGGUGGAGUAUCUAGUGAAGUGGGCGGGGAAGGCGCAUGUGCACAACACGUGGCUUUCAGAGGAGCAGGUAGCAGCGCUGAACCAGCGCAAGCUGGACAACUACCGGCAACGCCACGGGCGCGUGCCACUGUCUCUCAUGGAGGAGCAGUGGAACCACCCCCACCGCAUCAUCGCCCACCGCUUCCUCUCCCGCCCGCGCCUGCCGUCUAAAGCCAAAGGCGGGGGCCGGGCAGGGGCGAGUGCGGCACGCGGAGGAAAAGGGGCGCAGCAGCAGCAGCAGAGGCAGCAGCGGGAGGUGCUGGUGAAGUGGUGUGGACUACCAUACGACGCAUGCACGUGGGAGGACGUGAACAGCCCUGCCAUGGUCGCCAACCCCAAGGUCCUCCAAGCCUAUGAGACCUUCGAGCGCAUGGCCAGGGCCCCACCCACCCCCUCUGUCCCGCGGAAACCCUCAGCCGUCCCCGAUCUGAAGGAGCAACCGAGUAACCUUGCAGGAAAGCUGUUCCCGCAUCAGCUGGAGGCGAUCAACUGGCUGCGCCGCUCCUGGGCGCGGCGGCGGAAUGUGAUCCUGGCGGACGAGAUGGGGCUGGGGAAGACCAUAUCAGCAGCGUCAUACCUGUCGUGUGUGAAGACAGAGCUCAAGGUGCCUGGGCCGUGCCUCGUGCUCGUGCCGCUCUCCACCAUGCCCAACUGGUCUGCAGAGUUUGCCGUGUGGGCGCCGCACCUGAACCUCGUGGAGUAUCACGGCAGCGCCAAGGCGCGUGGGGUUAUCCGUGACUUUGAGUUCUUCGCUUCCGGGGAUGCAGACGGGGGCGGCGGCGGCGGCGGGGGGGGGAGGGCGGGUGGGGAGAAGUCGCGGGGGGCGGGGGGUGGGAACCGGCGGUACCGGUUCCACGUGAUGCUGACGACGUUUGAGAUGGUUCUUGCCGAUACAUCUGUUCUGCGCGCGAUCCCAUGGGAGGUGCUGAUAGUGGACGAGGGGCACCGGCUGAAGAACAACGAGAGCAAGCUGUUCACGCUGCUCAACACCUUCUCCUUCAACCACCGCGUGCUGCUCACCGGCACGCCGCUGCAGAACAACGUGGGCGAGAUGUACAACCUGCUCUCCUUCCUGCACCCCUCCGACUUCCCGUCGCUCUCGGCGUUCAAGGAGCGGUUUGCGGCUAUGGACGCGGCGGGGCAGGUGGCGGAGGUGCAGCGCAUGGUGGCGCCGCACAUGCUGAGGCGCCUCAAGCGCGAGACCAUGAAGCACAUCCCGCCCAAGGAGGAGCGCGUUGUGCCCGUGGAGCUCUCCGUUGUGCAGGUGCAGGGGGGAGGGAGGACAGGGAGGGUGGAUACUGGGCAGGAGGGUGGUGGGAGGAAGGGAUGGGGGGCGGAGUACUAUCGGGCAUUACUGACGAAGAACUAUCAGGUGUUGCGCACGGGCAAGGGCGGCCACCAGUCCAUGCUCAACAUCGUCAUGCAGCUGCGCAAGGUGUGCAACCACCCAUACCUGAUCCCAGGCACGGAGCCCGUGGUGGGAAGCAUGGAGUCGCUCCAGGCAGCGCGCGUGGCAGCGUCAGGCAAGCUGCAGCUGCUGGACCGCAUGCUGGAGCGCCUGAGAGCGGCGGGGCACCGCGUGCUCAUCUUCUCCCAGAUGACGCGCCUGCUAGACAUUCUCGAGGAGUAUUUGGCUGUGAAGUUUGGCCCGCGGACUUAUGAGAGGGUGGAUGGGAGCGUGGGCGUGGCGGAGCGGCAAGUGGCGAUUGCAAGGUUUAAUAAGGACAUGUCGCGGUUUGUGUUCUUGCUGUCGACGCGGGCGUGUGGGCUGGGCAUCAACCUGGCGACGGCGGACACGGUGAUCAUCUACGACUCCGACUUCAACCCCCACGCCGACAUCCAGGCCAUGAACAGAGCGCACCGCAUAGGGCAGUCGAAGAGGCUGCUAGUAUACCGUCUAGUUGUGCGCGCGAGCGUGGAGGAGCGCAUCCUACAGCUGGCCAAGCGCAAGCUGCUCCUGGACCACCUCCUCUCCGCCUCCAACCCCGGUGGCGCCGCCGGCGGCGCUGCUGCUGCCGGUGGUGCGAGCAAGUCGGGCAACGCUGGGAACGUGAAGGAGUUGCAGGAUAUUCUGCGAUGGGGCGCGGAUGAGUUGUUUGAGGAAGAUGCUAAGGUGGAUGUGGAGGGCGGGGAGGAGAGGGGGAAGGGGGAAGGAAGGGAGGGGAAGGGGAAGGGUGAGGGGGCAGGGAAGGACGGGGUGAAAGAGGGUGGGGAGGAGGAGGGGAAGGAGGAGGAAGGGGAGGGAGGUGAGGGGCAGGUGAGGAGGAGUCGACGAGUGUUGGGGCAGAGUGGCAAGGAGGAGAAAGCAGGGGAGGAGAAGGGCAAGGAGGGGGACAGCGAUGAGGUGGAGGAGGUGAAGGGAGAAGGGGACGGGACAACUGACGCCAGUGCGGCCGCAGCAGAGGCAGUGGCGGCAGCAGGAGGAGGGACGUUCGAUAUGGGCGAGCACAAGAAGGGGCGCAAGGACCGGAGCAGUUUAGGGAAUGUGUAUGGUGACACGUGUCACGAGGGCGGGCGGCGCAAGCUGCAGUGGGACGAAUCGGCGAUCUCAAGGCUGCUGUGCCGCACGGUGGCAGAGGGGGCGCAUGGGGAGGAGGAGGCUGGGGAGCCACUGCUGGGGUCCAUCAAGGCGUGGGCAUUUGAGGAGGCGGAUGAGGAGGUGGAGGAGGAAGCGGGCGAGGAGGAGGGGGUGGUGGAGGUGGAGGGGGAGGAAGGGGGGGAGGAGGCGGUGGCAGCAGCAGCGGGGAAGAAGGGCAAGGGGCACAAGGAGCACAAGGACGAGAAGGAGGACGCGUCUGGCGAGUGGGAGAGGCUGCUCAAGAACCGGUGGGAGCAGAUGCAGGUGGAGACGAGUGCGCUGCUGGGGCGCGGCAAGCGCACGCGGCGGCCGGUGUCGUACAACGAACAGGGCAUUGUGGCCGCCAUGGCUGCUGCUGAUGCCGCUGCUCUCGCUGCUGCCGCUGCUGCCUCCAAGGAGGAGCAUGAGGAGGAGGAGGAGCCAGCAAGAGAGCUAUCAGCAGCUGGAAAGGCACAUAGAGAGAAAUGGCUGAAGCUGAGGCAGCGUCAGAAGGAGCGCAUAGCCAACCGAGGCAAGACGCCUCCCCCCAAGCCAAGAACCACCCAUGCCUCUUCCAAACGGCCCCACCACCCAUCAGCCACUCACACCGCCUCAACCCCCUCCCAUGCGGCCGGCAAGCCAGGCUUAGCUGGUCACGCACACAAGGGAGCAGCGGCAGGAGCAGGAGGAGCAGGGGCAGCUGGCAAGUCUGGCACUGGAGCUGCUGCUGCAGGCGCAGCAGCAACAGCAGCAGCAGGAGCAGGAGGAGCAGGGGGAGCAAGCGGAGUGAGUGGGAAUGCAAGUGGGGUGAUGGGCAUGGAGGGCAGGAGGGAGUCUCACAUGGUGGGCAAGGUGCCGGCUGAAUGGUUCUGGAAUCACCCCGGAGCUGCUGGUGCCGGCAAGCCUGGCACAGCCACCACAGGAGCAGCAGCAGCAGCAGGGCAAUGGCGUGCGGGGGGGGCGAGUGGGGCAGGGAACGGCACAGGGCAGGGGGGAGCAGGGGCCAUGGCGCAUGCAGGCAUGGGAAGAGCUGGGGAGAAGACCGAGCCUCGACCUUUCAGUCCGAACCAGCAUCUUGGGCUCGGGAAGUCAAGCAUGGGUGGAGGUACGGGGGGAGCAGGAGCAGGGGCACGGGCAGCGGCAGGGGCAGGGGCUGGGGCAGGAGGGGCGGGUCAAAACCCUUCCACAGGGGGCCCUCAACGGCUGUAUGUUGACUCCUCGUCUCUCUCCUUCCUUCCCCGCCCCCCGGUUCUGCGGAAUUACGGGGGUGAAGCGGCGGGGGCAGGCGUGCCGAAUCCAGCUCUUUCGGCUGCUGCUGCACAUGCAGCAGCAGCGGCGGCGGCUGCAGCAGCAGGCAGCGCGCGCGGAGGCAGCAAUGGGGCGCAUGCAGCUGGGAAAGCCGGGGGAGGAGGUGGAGAGGGUGGGGGGAAUAGUCGUCUGUUGAAUACUCCCAGCACGUUUAAGUUCGGCGGGAAUGCUGUUGCUGCAGGCAAGGCAGGUAGCGCAAGUCCUAUGGCACAGCAGCACCAGCAACAGCACCAUCAGCAGCACCAGCAGCAGCAUCACCACCACCAGCAGCACCAGCAGCACCAGCACCAGCACCAGCACCAGCACCAGCACCAGCACCAGCACCAGCACCAGCAUCAGCAGCAGCAAGGGAGCAGACACGCACAACACGGCCGUCCUAGCAGCAUGCCGUCACAGUCACCGUCGCCAUCACCUAACCCGGCUCUCGGAGGCAAGCCAUCAGGCGUGCACACAACAGACGCCUCUCACAUGGCAAGGUCAGCCGGUGCUGCUGGUGCACCCGGGGCCAUGGACAGCAGCACAGCAGCAGGCAUGGCUAGCGCCUCGUCCCCCCAGCAGCAGUCCACUGGCAAGGCGCCGCUCCUCUUCCUCCCCAACUUCCCCAGCUUCCCCUACCCCCACCUCCCGCCCUUCUCCCGCACUCCUGGGCAGCAGUCCACGUCCGUGCAGCCGCCUCCUCUGCCGUCCUUUGCUCACAUGCCCACUCAUGAUCAGUCGGGGAUUAUGGGUGGUGUGGGCCCCGGUGGGAAGGGUGUCUGGAUGAAUCCACAGCCGCAGCAGCACCAGCACCAGCAGCAGCAGCAGCAGCAGCAGCAGCAGCAGCAACAGCAACAGCAGCAGUACCACCACCAGCAGUACCAGCAGCAGAGGCAGCAGCAGCAGCAGCAUGGCGCACAGAUGGCAGGAAAAGGGGGACCGUUGAAGUCACCCCCUCCUGAUGCAACUCGAGGGUCGGCAGUGGGGAAGGCAGAGGAGCAGAGGCAGGCCAAGGGGCAGAAGCGCACAGAUAAGCAGACGGCAGAUGCGGAUAUGCGUGCAGCGAAUGGGUUGGGUAAGGCGGGUGCGGAAGAGAGGGACCCGAGGGAGCAGCGUGAAGGGGGGGCUGUAGCACGUGAUGCAGGUGCUGCUGGGAGGUCGGUUGCAGGGAAGGAAGGGAGACGAGGUGGGGAUGAGCGAAGCGCAGAGGCGAAAGGAGGGUACCGGGACUGGCUGGUGGAAGGGACGGAAGCAGCAGCUGCUGCAGCAGGAGAAGCAAGGGAUAAGGACAGACGAGUUAGCGUUGCUGGUGCUGGUGGCGAGAAGGCAGCGCUCGGGAAGGAAGUGGAGCAAGGGAGCAGGGCAGUAGGUGCAGGACGGCAGUGGGGCGAGGAGGAGCUGGAUGCGCUGUGGAUGGGUGUGAGGCGGUAUGGGCGAGGGCAAUGGAAGGCUAUUGUGAAAGACAGAAAGUUGAAGAUGAGAGAUGGGCGGACAGUGGCGGAGGUAGAGGAGAGGUGGGCUGAAGAAGAGAGGAGGGUUCUCGGGUGGACUGUGGCUGAGCAAGAAAGGAGAGGGGAGAGGGAGAGAGGGAAGAAGCGAGAGGGGAAAGAGUUGGAGGUUGGGGAGGAGGAAGCAGAUGACGUUAUAAUGCUGGGGGCUGAUGAGGUGCAUAGGGAGAGGAGCAGGCGAGGGGGAGGCGUUUCUGGAAAGGGGCGAGAUGUGCAGAGGAGGGAUGCUAAGAGGAAGGUUGGCGAGAUGGAGGUGGAGGAGGGGGACGGCAGGGAGAGUGGGGAGGAUGAAAGGGAGCGUGUGGUAGGGAAGAGGGCACGGGGAGAGGGGCAAGGGGAAGGGAGAGAGGUGAGGUCCAAUGAGGGGGUGGCAGUGAGUGAGGGGGGGUAUGAAAAAGAAAAGGGUGGAGAGAGGAGGAAGGAGAGAGUAGUGGGAUCAGCCGAAUGUGCAGAGAAACUAGAUCAUGGUGGGUUUGGGGGUGCAAGAGAGCAAGUUGCAAGCAAGCAAGAUGCAGGUGGAAAGAGCGGAGUAGGGGACAUGAGUAUUGCUGGUGCUGGUGCUGGCGCCAUUGUUCCUUAUAGCGAGAGCAGGGAGGGCGGGGAGAGGGAGAGUGGGGUAGCAAGCAAGGGGAAGGGUGUAGGUGCGGUCAGGCAGGGUGGAAUGGAAAGGGUGACUAGCAGUGAAGGUGGACUGUACGCCAGGGAUGACAUUGGGAUGAUCGAGGAGGAGGAGGAGGAGGAGGAGGAGGAGGAGGAGGAGGAGGAGGAGGAGGAGGAGGAGGAGGAAGAGGAGGAAGAUGAUGUUCAAGUCAUCCCACCCGCCAACCAGUCUGCUGGCCACCUUCUGUCACCUCUUCUGUCCCUUCCUGCUGUGCCCUCGCCCUCACAAACUCCCCUAACACCCUUGGACUCUAAGCAGCAGCAGCAGCCUAGCUCUCCCAUGCACCCAUCUGCCAAGGUAGAGCAUGCGGAUGUGCCAGGGCGGGCAGUGAGCCACGCACCCAUUGCAUCCCUCGCUCCCAAUCGCUUUGGUCCCUCCAAGAUCUCCACGCUCAUUUCCUCUCCACCAGCCCCCAAGCCCCCCCAUUCAAUGCAACCAUCCAAUUCUGCUGCCACGGCCACGCCGACCAUGCCCACCGCUUUCCCUCCCGCUUCCGCUCUAGCCCCACCGCUCUCCACCGCGAUCACUUCUCACUCUUCUAGGCCCGCAUCAGGACCGCUUCCCCCGGUGCCUCCGGGUUACUCCUUCCUCCCUCCUCCCCGCCGCUCCUCUGCCCCCGCGCGCCCCAUCGCCUCAUCUCAGCUCACUGCCAUUUCAGUGGCAUCCAGGCAUCUUUCUGCUGUGUCCACACCAGUGCUGCCGAGAGCUGCUUAUGUGGCGCCGCUUGAUUGGUCGCCGCGCCCGCUGCCAAGAAUCCGCAAGAUGAAGAAGUUCUGGAAGCUUCAGAGAAGCCGUGCUGCUGCUGGAGCGGCAGCUGUUGUGGCUGCAGGUGAAGCAAGGGGAAAUGGACUGAACGAGAACGCGCCAGUACCGAAGCCCGGCAAGGGCGAGGUGCUGGUGAAGGUGAGCGCGGCGAGUAUCAACCCCGUGGACUGGAAGAUUCAAAACGGCUACAUCCCCAUCUUGCCGCUGCGUUAUCCGGCCACUCCUGGGAUGGAUAUUGCAGGUGAUGUGGUGGGGCUGGGGCCAGGAGUGACCAAGUACAAAGUGGGCGACAGUGUCUUCGGCUCAUCUUCGCCUUUCAAACUGGGUGCGCUGGCACAAUAUGCUGUGCUCCCAGCAUCAGGUAGCGCUCCCAGGCCCGCUGCCGUCCCCCCUGAAGUCGCAGCUGCCCUUCCAAUCGCGGGCGAGACAGCCCUUCAGGCCCUGCGUAAUUCCGCCGGCUUGCCUCUGCCCUCCACUCCUGCCGAUGACGUAAAGGGCGGCUACAGUGGGCGUGUGUUGGUGGCGAACGCAUCAGGAGGCGUGGGGCAUCUGGCUGUGCAGCUGGCCAAGCUGGCAGGAGCACAUGUGACAGCCACCGUGGGAGCACGCAACUUUGAAUUUGCGAAAAAGCUGGGAGCGGAUGAGGUGCUGGAUUACAAGACGGAGGCUGGGCAGCGCCUGUCUGCCUCCGCUGCUACCCCACUGCCCCCGGCUGAGCUGUACAAUGCAGUGGUUGACGGCACUAGCGGCCUGUCUGUUGCCACUGUGGACCGGGUGCUUCCUCCAAACGGUAAGUGGUUGCACCUCACGCCACCACCUUCAAUUAUGGCUCUGGGGUUGUGGCGAUCCAUUGCUUUUCGCCCCAAGAAGGUGUACCCCAUUUUGAUGGAAGGCAAGGGCUCGGAUCUGGAGGUUCUGGCAAAAUUGGUGGUUGAUGGGAAGCUGAAUGUGACGCUGGAUGCUACAGUUCCUUUUGAGAAGGCCAGGGAUGCAUGGACACGGAGCAUGGAAGGCCACGUGGUGGGGAAGGUGGUUGUGAAAAUGGACUGA